AUGAAAAAAAAGGUUGAAAGGAGGAAUUGUUUAAGAUAUAAAAAGAGUUACAGAUCAGAUGAAACAAAGAUGCGAAAUUUUUUUUCAAAAAAUAUAAAUAAAAAUUGUUCUUUUCUUUACAUUUUUUUUUUCCUUUUUUUCUCAUUAAUAUAUUUAGCACAAUGUCAAAUAACAAAAAAAAAAGUAUCAGUUAGUGAAAUCAAUUUCGAUAGUGCUGUGGACGAUGUUCAGUGGUGUGGUAAUAAUCAUAUGACUGUUUUAGUUAAAACAGUAAAAGGAAGAUUAUAUAGAAGUGCGGAUGGUGGUAAGAUAUGGACAAAUAUAACAAGUAAUUUAUCUGAAAAUGGAAAUAAUAAAAAUGACGCAUCAAAUCAUACAAAUGAGAUGACUGUAGUAGAUCUUAUUAUGGUGAACCCAGUGGAUAAAAAUGUAGUAUUAAUUAUUGGGAAUCAAAAAAAUCAUUACGUUUCAGAAAAUGCAGGAGAAACGUUUCGAUUAGUGAAUUAUAAAAACAAAAUAAAUUUUUGGCAGUUUCAUAGUACAAAAACGCAUUGGGCAUUAGUUUCUUCAUGGACUUCAGCCUGUUAUUCUACGGAUGAAAAAAAUGGAGAAUGCAUGCAAACUUUAUCAGUAACAAAAGAUUUAGGAAGAACUUUUCAAUUAAUAGAUAUUUAUGUAGUUCAAUUUAAUUGGGGAGAUAAAGAAUCACAUUUAGAAGACACAGUCUAUUAUACUCAUCAUAAAAAUAGAAAUGGGCAUCAGCAGAGAUUCAGUGGAUGGUCUAAAGAUGUCGACUUUGUAUCUACGGAUAAUUUUGGAAGAAGUGUAGAUGUAUUAGUGAAACAAGGAAAUAAAUUUUUAAUAUCAAAUGGAUACAUAUUUGUUGCUAGAUUAAAUGAUGUAAUUAAACAAACUGUUAAUAUGAUGGUAUCAACUGAUGGAGGUAAAACAUUUAAUAAAGCCAAUUUACCAGAAAAUAUACAUGAAAAAUCUUAUACCGUUUUAGAUACAUCAGAGGGUGCUAUAAUGCUACAUGUAAAUCAUGGAAUUUCAUCUGAUAGAGUUAAUACAGGAAAUGUGUAUAUUUCGGACGCUUCUGGAUUAAAUUAUACUCUUUCUUUACCAAAUAAUAUAAGAACGUCUUCAGGUGAAUGCGAAUUUGAUAAGGUGCUGAGUUUAGAUGGAGUGUACAUUGCAAAUUUUUUAGAUGAUCAAGAUGAAAUUAAAGAUGAAGAUUUAAGGUUUAAUAAUUUUAAAGCACAAUUAGAAGAUGAGUUCAGUCCAUUUCAAACAAAUACUGAAAAAAGGAAAAAACUAUCGGCAAAAGGGAAAAAUGAAGAUUUAGUUAGAACAGUAAUUUCUUUUAACAAAGGUGGUCAUUGGUCUUAUUUAAAAGCACCAAAAGUGGACAGUAGAGGAAAUAGAUAUGACUGUGGAGAUAACUGUUAUCUACAUUUACAUGGUAUAACAAAUUAUCAUCAGUAUGCUCCAUUUUAUUCUAUAGAAAAUGCUGUUGGAAUAAUUAUGGGAACAGGUAAUGUUGGAAGUCAUUUAAGAUAUGAAAGCGAUGAAGUAAAUACUUUUUUGUCAAGAGAUGGAGGAGUAACAUGGAUGGAAGCUCAUAAAGGUCCAUAUAUUUAUGAGUAUGGAGAUCAUGGAGGUUUAAUAGUUAUGGCUGAUGAUUUACAUAAAACAAAUCAAAUUGUAUUUAGUUGGAAUGAAGGACAAAGUUGGUUUGAUUUUGAAUUAGGACAAUUUUCAAUUGAUGUUGAUAAUAUUGUAGCAGAACCGAAUUCUUCCUCUGUCGAAUUUUUAGUGUAUGGUACAAGAAAUGAUGUUGGUGUUCUAUAUCAUCUUGAUUUUAAUACUCUUGGUCAACCUUUAUGUAAAGGUUUGUGGGCAGCUGAUUCGGUUUCUUCAGAUUAUGAAACAUGGUCACCUGGUAGUGGAUCCUUUUCUGAUAAAUGUACUUUAGGUAGAAAAAUUACUUACACAAGAAGAAAACAGACAUCUGAAUGUUUUAACGGAAAAGAUUUAAAAAGAACAGUUGAUAAAAAAGCUUGCGAAUGUACACCAGAAGAUUAUGAAUGUGAAACUGGUUUCACCCGUAAAAUUGGAAGUUAUGAAUGUAAGCCCAAUGAUCCAACUUUAACAGUUGAAGGAUGUACAAGCAGUUCUUAUUUUUAUGCAAAUGCAUAUAGGAAAGUACCUGGUGAUAUCUGUAUUAAUGGUUGGAUUCCUGAGAAAGUUCCUGUCCCUUGCCCAGCACACGCUCCUUUUAAUAGAAGCGCUAAGUCUAUUUUAUUUAUAAUAUUUAUUAUAGGCCUGAUUAUGCUCAUAGUUACCUACAUGUGCAGAAAUCCAAAAUUUAAAAACCUGUUUUACAACUAUGGUUUCGAUACUUUUGAACAUGUUAAAUAUUCAGUCAUUAAAACUAAAAGAGGAAAUGUAAGUAACAAUGUAUUUGAACCAGAAAUGGAAUUUAUAGACGCGCAACAAGAUGACAACGAGGAGGACGUUCCAACGCUUUUGUCUUAUUCCAGUGAAAGGAAUAAAACAAGAAAUAACGAUUUUAAGUUAGCCCGAAACAGAUCAAAUCAAAAUAAUUAUAUGACAUCAAGAGACUUUUCCCCUCCCAAAAGUUAUGGAGAAAAUAUUGAGUUAUUAUAA